AUGGUUGUAGCUGUUUCUGCUGGGAUGAAAGCCAAGGCGACUACGGAUAAUGAGCAACGCAUUUCACUUGGAGAUCGACUGAUGGUUGCACAAAGACUCGAGAACAAGGAAAUAACUCCCAAAGAGGCACAAUCCAUUCUCGGAUGCUGUAAAUCUUACAUCUCGCAGUUGAUGAAACCAUGCAACUUGGCUAAGCUGAAAAAGAAAGCUGAAUUGGGUUUGGAUCUGAAAUUGACCAAGGCGCAUCUCCCCAAAUUUCCACAGGAAAGAGCGAUACAAAUGGCUGUAAUGAAAGGCGUUCAGGGAGAGUUCAAGGCAUCCAACAGUUGGUUUUCAAACUUCGUCAAGAGAUAUGGGUUAGAAAAAUAUGGAUUCCAGACGGAGGAAACAUCGAGCAUGAAAGCAAACAACAGCCUGCAGGAGCUCCAGUCCCAAGGAGCUUACACGUCAGAUGGAACAGCUCUUCAGAGGAUGUGGGCGAUGGGGAAUCUGCAUCAGCCGUUGCAGGUACAAUUGGUUCACCCGUCUGAAAGCGGCGGAGCAAACUCAAUCCAGGUGGGGGGCGAGGGGAGUGGAGGGGAAGAAGGUGUGCACUCCUCUGAUCUCAGCCAUCCGGAUGUUCAUGGCGACACGGACUCAGGGCUUGUGGUUUGA